GUUAAGGUGCUGACAAUCUGUGAAUCGAGAUGCAAUGAUGACCCGGCCGAGGAACCUGAAGAUGCCCAUGAAAAAGAAGAGAGAUCAUACGGUUCUGUCAUGAUGGAGAGACUCACAGGGAGUGUAGAUGGGCGAAUUGAUCAUGUAUUACAAGAUAAAACUUUCCGACAUCAGUACUUAUCAGCUAUCGGGUCACAUACAAACUAUUGGAGAGAUCACGAUACGGCCCUGUUUAUUUUGAAACACUUGUAUCGUGAAAUAGCAGAUCAUGAACCCACCUCGCCAGACGAGCAACCUGAAUGCAGCUCCAAGGGUGAAAGUAGCUCAGGAAGAUGGUCUGACCCUAAUGAUUUGGCCGACGAAGAACUUCCGUUGACCUUUGCCAACAGCAUAUCCAUUAAAAACUUCUCGUAUAAAGCUAGGAAAGCAAUGGAGAGAUGA